AUGGGUCGGCUCGACCGGAGUGAUACCACGGCCUCACAGAAAACCGACGUGAAGCAACCACAGCGUUGUGUUUCGCCUUGUGAGUCCUUCCCCUCCCCCCCAAAAAGUCGGCUACGCACUCGUGACUCCUCUGUUGCCAUGUGUCGGUGUCCAUGGGCGGUGCUGAUUGCUUACCAUCAGGGCGACGGUGGCGCCCCCUUAGCGUGUCCAUUCGGCAGCAACAAAUACAAGCUGACUGGUCUAGUGGGAUGGGGAAUAGGAUGUGGAGAACAGGAUGUCCCAGCUGUAUACGCCAAUGUCCCAAUGUUCAGGAAUUGGGGCGAUGGUGGCGCCCCCUUAGCAUGUCAGUUCGGCAACAACAGAUACAAGCUGACUGGUCUAGUAGCGUGGGGGAUUGGAUGUGGACAGCAGGAUGUCCCAGCAGUAUACGCCAAUGUCCCAAAGUUCAGGAAUUGGGUCGACCUGAAGUUGAGAAUGUGGGGCUUCGCAGCGACAUCUUACAGCAAUAUAAAGCAUUAA